AUGUAUAAAUCUGACCGAUACAGAGAUAGCGUAUCCUGGCAGUCAUAUCGAGCUGUUCCAUCAUUAUCUUCUGUGGAACACAGGAAUUCGGAAGAGACAAGACCAAUUGCUAACGCAUCAUUAUGCUAUGUUAUAUAUACGUGUAAUAUUAUAAUAAUGGUUGCUGGUACGGCAUCGUUAGCUAUGGGAGCAUGGCUUCGUACAGAUUCACGAUUUAGAGAUUUCCUCUCUCAGAGAUACAGGAAUGUUGUAGAAGAAGAAUUUUGGCAGGCUCCCACUUUAUACGUUUUCUCCUACAUUUUGAUUGUCAUUGGAAUGUGCAUGGUGGUUAUUAGUAUGAUUGGUUGCUGUGGUGCAUCUACUGAUUCUCGAGUACUUCUCUUAAUAUAUGCAGUAACAAUAUGCAUCCUUAUGCUGUGCACUAUUUCUUCAAAAACGUAUCUUAUCUUCAGAAAAUAUGGUAUUGAUGUUGAAGUGUCGGAUGCAUUAACAUAUAUGGUUCAAAACUAUUAUCAAGGAGCAGGAAUUGUUCAGGAAAGCUUAGAUCGAUUACAGCAAGCAUUUCGAUGCUGUGGUAACGCGGGUUGUAGUGAUUUCCGAUUUCUGCAUCAAGAUAUUCCGCGUUCAUGUGACAUCAGAUGUGAUGGUUGUCAUUAUCGUAUAAUGGUUGCACUGCGUAUUGGUUUUUCUGUUGCAUUUGUUAUCUUUGCAAUCGUUGUUAUUGCUGAGUUUAUCGCAAUUGCAUCUGCACUAGUCCUCGUGAUGAGAUCAAAAAGUUCAGCUAGAGCUCUGUUGGAUAAAAUGGGGUGCCGCAGAAGUCAUUACGGAAGCAAGUAUUACAAGCAUGCACCGGAUCAGUAUGUGGAUUUGAAUUCGCUACGAAGUGAUGAUUGUCCCGUACCUUAUCGUCAUUAUUCAGAACAGUUUACUUCACAGAAAAAAUACUAA